AAAUUCUGGUGGUAACAUGGGGCGCCGCCCUGUACAAUAUUUAUAAAUUCAAAUUUCGCGGUCUAACAGACUUAUGAAGUGAGCUGCAAAGAAUGACACAACAAUCGAUAGUACAUUAAUUUUAAAAUGAAGAGUCGAUAGUGUUGGUAUAAAAAAAGGUAAGUAAAAAAAUCGAUAUAAAAAAUAUGGUUAUCAGUUGAAAAUCAAAAUGGCAGAACCAUCUUUUUUAUGAUAAUGUAAUCAUUGACAAUAAGUCAAUAAUAAUAUGUUUUAUUGUAAUAAAUAAUAAUAGAUCGUAAUGUGUAACAAACAGUAGGGGUAAUAAUAAUAAUAAUAAAUGAAAGAUAAUAAUUAAAAUUGAAUAAGAUGUAAAAAUGGCGCGUCCAAUGAGAAUUGAAGAUUGUGUUGAUUCUUCAUUAGUGUUAUAUUAGAGUAGUCACCAGUCACCAGUCAGAGCAAAAGCACCCGACCAAGCAGAGUAAUACUUAGCAGUAGUGUGUAGUUGUAUUGUAUUUGUACGUCGAUGUCGAUGUCGAGUGUGUGGAAGUGUGUAUAAUCUAGUGGGCAAAAAACUGGCUGGACUGUACACACAACAGACGAAAAAACGCCAAGAACGACUACGGCGACGAGCAAGAAGACGAAGGCGAAGAGAAGAAGAAGAUCCAGCGACAGCUUCGCUCGACUUUGCAAUUCUCUUUAACUUGGUAGCUCUCCUGCUCUCCAUCACGGGAAAAAUAAAGUACUUGGAGGCUCGGAGCCGUUCGGAGUUGCUCUGAGCUGCUCGCCGUCGAGUUUGUUGCCGAGGCUGAGAGUGAGAGAGAUACGGGUGGUGUGUCGGUUCGUUGGUUGGUACUGGUUCGAGUACGGACUACUAGGGUCCGUCGACCAAGAAUAGCCGUCAGCCAAGUAAGACGGCCUGCAAGGAAAAAUAAGAGAAGAGAGUGAGCCAGCCAGACAGACCAAGGCAGCACGUACUGUCUCUCACAUUAAAGUACUUAACUCACUACCUCUUAGUAGUAUUUAAUAUUUAACUUAAACUUAAAUAUCCUCAGAUCUAGUUACUGGUGUUGUUAAUUGUGAUCUAGGGAAGGAUAACGUUGCGAGCCCCUCCCACCACCAGCAUCAUCAUCAUCAUCGACAUCGUUAUCGGAAGUAUCAUCGCCGGAGUUUACGGAUUUUAUGAUAAAUAAUUACUGGCCGGGAUGUACGGCUCGAAAAAGCAAGAGAUCGAUGGCCGAGGAUUGCACCCAGUUACCGUAGAUUAUCUUGAGGUUUAGUGUUGUCUAGUGUGCUAAUUCUAAUAGCAAGUGGAAUUCGCGGGAUCACCAGUGUGUCGAGGUAUUGGAUAAGAAUUAGACGUAAUACGUAAUGGAAAUACGAGUUUGAUUGAAUGAUUGGUUGAUUGAUGGAUAAAAAUAAAGUUAAGUCCAGGUAGAGAGAUCGGGAGGAGUCUGACUGUCGUGUUGGUCUUCGGGUCAGUGGUGAUUGGUGUCUAGACGUGUUCAUUAAAACUAAUACGAGUUAAAAGGUUUUUAAAUUAAAGGAAUUAUAAUUAAUUGAAUAGAAAUUUUAAUUUGUAAUAAUAACAAUGUCUCUGGAGACAAGAUCAAACUCGGCCCUGUUUAAGAGGGCCGAGCAGCUAAAACGUUGGGAACAAUCAGAGACCAAUAGAGAACCGGCCCAGCCAAGACAAAUCGCGCGAAAGAUCAAGUUCUCGGCCGAUUGCGUGUUCCUAGCAGCAUGUGCUGCUGGCGACAAGGAAGAGGUCGUAAGAUUAUUGCAAAAGGGGGCGGAUAUCAACACUGGCAAUGUCGAUGGCCUUACUGCGCUCCAUCAGGCAUGCAUCGACGACGACUUGGAUAUGGUUGAAUUUUUGGUUGAACAAGGAGCGGACAUCAACCGCGGUGACAAUGAAGGCUGGACUCCGCUGCACGCAACGGCAUCGUGUGGAUUCAUAUCAAUCGCCAAAUAUUUAAUUGAACAAGGAUGUAAUCUAGCGGCUGUAAAUAAUGACGGUGAACUUGCCCUUGACAUCGCGGAGAGCGACGAAAUGGAAGAUUUACUGCAGCAACAUAUCAAUAAAGCAGGUAUCGAUUGUGAUCAAGCACGUAGUGAGGAGGAACGAUCGAUGCUGAGCGACGCAAAAGCUUGGAAAGCCGGGUCACCUGGUAAGGAUGCUGUACAUCCGCGAACUGGUGCUACGGCGCUCCAUGUAGCUGCUGCUAAGGGUUACAUCAAAGUUAUGAACAUUUUAUUGCAAGCAAGAUGUGAUGUAAACGCUCAGGAUUACGAUGGGUGGACGCCGUUACAUGGCGCUGCACACUGGGGUCAGCUAGAAGCUUGUAAACUUCUUGUUGAAAAUUAUUGUGAUAUGGAUAUUAAAAAUUUUGCUGGUCAGACCGCGUUUGAUGUGGCCGACACAGAUAUUCUCAAGGCCUUGGAGGAGUUAAAAAAGAAGCAACAGAUAAUUUUAAAAGAUCAUCCAUUAUUAAAUAAUCAAAAGCAACUGCCGAUACCAAAGAAACGAAUGUCACCUACAAUUGAGAACACAGUCGUCAAUGAGGGACUCGAGACCUUUGAAGAAGAAACUCCAAAUAAAGUAAUUAAAGUUGAAUUGGAAAUACAGUCGGAUAAAGACGACACGAGUGCUGACACGAAUAGUGACGUCGAAAAGAAAAAUAGAGCUAACAAAGAUGAUAGUGGAACACUUAGUCCAGUCACCGUUCCAGAGAUAAAUAAACUUCCUAAUCAGGCACCAAUUUUACCACCGAAACAACAGACUGAAAAUACUGAGGAGGGAACAAUACCAUCGUGGCGUCGUUCAGGUUCAUUUAGAAGUAGAAUACAAGAAAAUGAGCCCACUAAUUCAGUGGCUUCAACUAAAGAAAAUGAAGACAAAGAAAAGUCAAUAAAAACGCCGCUUAUCUCAAAUAAAAUUAACCAGAAUACCGAUUCAGAAGUUGUUUUACGUCGGACUCACAGCUUUGAGACAGACGAAAAGUUCUAUGAGCAGUAUCUGGCAUUGCGAGCUCGCAUCAAGGCAUCUUCCUGCCCUACACUCCAUCGCUGCAAUCCAGUUACUCCCACCCACACCAACACUACGACCGCGCGUUCUGCGUCUUUACGCGAAACUCACAGACGCAAAGAAGUAAAACUUAAUUUGGAAUUAUCACGAGUACCGCAAGAGAGCAAUUCAUCUUCACCAACAUCACUGACAAAUAAAUUUUUGUCCUCGCCAGUAUUGCCGACAUCGACUACUGGUUCAACUCCGACAAGUUCUACCUCUACGGCCACUACGACAACAACUAGCCCUGUACCGGGAAAUCAAAUUCGCAGAUCAUUUGUACCACCUGUACGUGAUGAAGAGAGUGAAACACAGCGUAAAGCUCACGCGAAACGCGUGCGUGAGACCCGACGUUCUACCCAGGGAGUUACUUUGGAUGAAAUUAAAAGUGCGGAGCAGUUGGUAAAGAAAAAACAGCAGCAAACAAAUGAUACAACAUCAUCUACACCUCAGCCAGCGGCUUCUCUUGGCCAAACAGCUUCAAUCAUAGCCACGAUAACAACAGCAACACCAACAACCGUGACAACAAAUAAAUUACCCGAAGAAACAAAUUUGCCCGAAAGACGGCCGUCUUGGAGAUUGAGGGUAGACAAUGGAAGCAAGUUCCAGUUGGAAGAUGCUAAUAAUAAAUCAUCAGACACGACAACUGCGUACAUCAGAAGGCCUUCAGGUGGAACAGGUAUACCAAGACCAAGUUCAGCACCAGUGGACUCAAUAGCGACAAGCACUGCUGAUGCAACGGUUACUUUGCCACUUAGACGUUCAUUAAAAUCACCGGAAGACAAAGAUCAAGACAAGGAGAAUGACAGCAGAAAUGCACAAGCUACCCAAGCUGUUAUUCAGAGGCGACGUAGACCCAAGAGAAGAUCCACUGGAGUCGUUCAUGUGGAUAUGGAUGAAAUCGAUCCUGAUAAACAAGAUACCUCAGCUGGUGGUGAUUACGAGGAGUCAAAAACCAAUCACACUGAAAGUGGCAAUGAACGAUCUGGACGUUCAAGUAGACUUGGAUCAGUGACGUCUUUAUCAUCAGACAUAUCAGUAACUCCGAGCAGUAGAAUAAAGUCAUCAAACUCGGAAAACGGUGAGCUUGAUUAUAAAAAAUUGUGGGAGGAGUCUCAAGCUGAAAAUGAAAGGCUCAAGGAAAAAUUACGGCGUUCUGAUGAGCAGUUGAAAGAGGUCAGAGGUACAUUGGAAAAAGUACAGAGUACACAGAGUAAACUCACGCUCUCAGAAGCGGAAAAACGUGAGAGGAGAGCUAUGGAACGAAAGCUCUCGGAAAUGGAGGAAGAACUAAAAGUGAUGGAGCAACUAAAGUGCGAAAACCAGAGGCUAAAGGAUGAGAACGGUGCACUAAUACGAGUUAUUAGCAAACUUUCUAAAUAGCGCCGUCAGAAACUAAGAAAUAAAUUAAUUAAAUGAAUUAAAAAUUAAUUUAAUUAAUUAAUAAAAGAUAUAAUGAAUAAUUGUUAAAUUGUAUUAUUAUUGCUUUAUAAAAUAUUUUAAUUAUUCAACAAUAUUUAAUAACAAUGUUGAUUAUUUUACAUUACAAUUAUAAUUAUUAUUAUCAUAAUUGAUAAUAAUUAUUGAUCUUCUUUGUGUUUAUAAUUAAUUAUUUAUUGUCAAUCUAAUUGAUUAUCAGUUACGCGUGUGGCUGUGUCACAUGCAAAAGGCGGUUUAUUAAGAUAAAUAGUUAAUUAAUUUAUCAAAUAAUUAAUUGUUUGUCCACGUCUACGUCACUACACUAGUAAAGGAUUUAAAAAAAUACAUUUUUUUUUUAUAUACUUGUUCUAUUAUUUGUAAAAGAUUUAAAUAUUUUACAUUUUAAAUAAUAAAGUUAUUGUCGUAAUUGA